AUGGAAUAUGAAGUCAAGAAAGGAAAAAAGGGCUUUGUCUCCCCCAUCCGGAGGCUGGUGUUCCCCAAGGCCGCACGCCGGGCAGCCUUUCGGACCAGCGUGAGUCGCCGGCCCCUGCACUCGAUGCCCCUUUAUCCCCCUGACUACCUCAUCGACCCCCAGAUUCUGCUGUGUGACUAUCUGGAGAAAGAGGUCAAGGGAAGCUGGGAGCGGAGGCAGGCGGGCGGCGGCGGCGGCGGCAGCUGGGAGCGGCGCCACCCGGGCUCCAACCCACUCGACCCGCAGGACCCCAGCCCCGACGCCUACUGCAACCUUGUCAUCCUGGCUGUGGCCAACAGGGAUGCUGCCGAGGAAUCCUGUGCCCUCAUCUGUCAGGUCUUCCAGAUCAUCUACGGGGACCAGAGUAUUGAGUGCGUGGACCGGGCCGGCUACCACUACACAUCAACGCCUGAGCGGCCGUGGCUGUGCAGUCGCAGUGAGAGCUGCCGCACAGACGGGACGUACGCCUAUGACGCCGACUUCAGCUGCUGCAGCUCCUUCAAUGGCUCCCAGGAUACAUUUGAAGCGUGUUACAGUGGCACGUCCACACCCUCUUUCCACGGCUCCCACUGCAGCGGCAGCGACCACAGCGGCCUGGGCCUUGAGCAGUUGCAGGAUUACAUGGUCACGCUGCGGAGUAAAUUAGGGCCCCCCGAGAUCCAGAAGUUUGCAAUGCUGCUGCGGGAGUACCGGCUGGGGCUGCCCAUCCAGGACUACUGCUCAGGCUUGCUGAAGCUCUAUGGGGACCGGCGCAAGUUCCUCCUCCUUGGGAUGCGGCCCUUCAUCCCGGACCAAGACAUUGGCUACUUCGAGGGCUUCCUGGAGGGCGUGGGCAUCCGCGAGGGGGGCAUCCUCACCGACAGCUUCGGCCGCAUCAAGCGCAGCAUGAGCUCCACGUCGGCGUCGGCCGUGCGCAGCUACGACGGGGCGGCCCAGCGGCCUGAAGCGCAGGCCUUCCACCGGCUGCUGGCCGACAUCACGCAUGACAUCGAGGCGCUGGCACCGGACGAUGAGAGCACCGAUGAGGAGGCCAGGGACUCCCCGGGUGGGGGCGACACGGUUGAGGACAACUACCUGUAG